AUGCCUGGUCUAGCACUGCUCAUAUCGCUGGCGGCCGUGACCGUCGGCCUGUCCUACUUGCUAGUGCCUUAUGUUAUCCGCUUCAUCACGCAGAACAUUGGCUCGACGGUUCGUGCCCGCACCCAGACUAGGAGAGAGCUGUUGCUCAAGAGGGCAGCCGACGACGAGAAGGCCUCGCUUCCCAAAUCCAACAAGAACCGCCUCGCCAAAGCUGACUACCAUGGAAAGCCUGCACACGAAUGGGAGGGCAUUAUUGGCUUCUUCCACCCCUUCUGCAAUGCAGGAGGCGGCGGCGAACGAGUGCUCUGGGCAGCCAUCCGCGCAACCCAAGAACGCUACCCCAAAGCUCUCUGUGUCGUCUACACGGGCGACCACGACGUCGACAAGGACACCAUCAUCGCAAACGUCAAGAACCGCUUCAACAUCCCUCUCCACGCCCCUCGUCUCACCUUCCUCUACCUCGGCACCCGCGACUUCCUCCUCGCUCAACACUGGCCUUAUUUCACCCUCCUCGGCCAGAGCAUCGGCAGCUUGAUCGUCGGCUGGGAUGCCUUCAACCUCGUCGUCCCCGACAUCUUCAUCGACACCAUGGGCUACGCCUUUACCGUCGCCUUCUCACACUUCCUGUUCCCCGAUGUCCCUACAGGUGCCUACGUCCACUAUCCCACCAUCUCCACCGACAUGCUAGGGAGCCUCGACGCCUCUGGUCGUGGUGUCAACGCAGGCGCAGGAAGUGGUUGGAAGGGAAAGGCCAAAAAGACAUACUGGCACCUCUUCGCCCGUCUGUAUAGCUGGAUCGGCGGCGAGAUCGACGUCGUCAUGACAAACUCGACCUGGACUCAGAAUCACAUCAAAGCCCUGUGGGGACGCACUCGCCAAAGGAGGCGCUGGACACGCGACACAUUUGUCGUCUUCCCACCCGUGGCCGUCGAAGAGCUGGAACACGAGAUUGAAGUAUCCGAAGAGUCGGAGAAGAGCAGGAGAAAGGACAUACUCUACAUUGCACAGUUCCGCCCCGAAAAGGAUCACCAAAACAUCAUCAUGGCCUUUGCCGAAUUCUUGCGCCGUCACAACACCGGGGACAAGGAUACUCCCAGGUUGGUUCUUGUAGGCUCGGUGCGUGACGAAAAGGAUAAGAUGCUGGUCUACAAACUACGUGUGCUGGCGCGCGAACAACACAUUGCCGAUCACGUCGACUUUGUCAUUGAUGCAAAGUGGUCGCAGAUCUUGGAUCGCCUGAGAACCAGCUGGAUCGGUGUCAACGGCAUGUGGAACGAACACUUUGGUAUUGGCGUCGUCGAGUACCAGGCUGCUGGACUGAUCUCCGUUGUCGACGACAGCGGUGGUCCAAAGUACGAUAUUGUGGUUCCGAUUGACGGAAAGCCUACCGGCUUCCAUGCAAAAUCACCUACAGAAUUCGCAGACGGCUUUGCCAAGGCGCUGGAACAGUCACCUGAAGAAACACUGGCUAUGCGUAAAAGAGCCAGGACGAGCGCGAAACGCUUUUCCGAAGAAGUUUUCCGUGACAGCUGGAACGCACAGAUGGACAGACUGAUACAUUUGCGCGUGACGCCAAAGGGAGAGCGUCAAAAGCUGAGGCUAGAGUAG